UUUAUUUCGGUUUUUUUUUCAUUUUUGCACAUUCUACUUCUGCAGAAAAUUAAUGUUUAGUUCUCCAUUAUUAACUUCAAAUUUUCAAUUUAACAAUUUUGGAAAUCCAAAGUCUCAUGAUAUUUCAAUUAACAGAAACUUUGCCAAGAACUCUGAACCUUUGAAAACGGACAGAAAGGUGCUCCGAGGAUGUAUUUUAUAUGAAUUCAAUCAAGGAAGUACUGUAACCAAUGCAUAUGAGCGGUUUUGUACGGCAGUUGGGGCGGAUGUGAUAGGAUUUCGAGAGUUCGAUUUUUGGUUUCACGGACUUGGAAAUAAAAGUUUAAGCUUGAAUUCUGAAAUUGAAUUUGACUCAAAAACUAGUCCUCUGUCAAAGAUGCCUGUAGAAAUUUUUAAAGAGGUUUUGAAUCACGGGGAUAUAACUGAUAGAAUGGUCUUGCGCAAAGUCUCCCGUCAUUUGCGAACUAUUAUCGAUAAUGCGAAUUCCAACUUUGAAUCGAUACGCCUUGAUAUUUGUCCGAGUUUUGCGGUUUUAGAUAUCGAUGAAGAUCAUUCAGUGAAAUAUCAAAAUAAUAAUGGAGACUCUAUGUUGGAAGCUGGAGAGUUUGUCAAAACAAAGAAAGAAGUUGAUUAUUUUGAGUUGGCACUCCAUGAUAUGACGGGACACUUAAAGAAUGUGAAAUCCCAUUUGAAUUCCCUCCGAUUAGGAGUUCCCCAGGAAAUCAGUCCAUUUGGACCAAGUUGUUGCCUUAACAAAGAAGAGAGGAAGAUUUGCAUUGAAAAAAUUGAGAAUAAACUCAAAACAGAAAAUACAAAGUUCAAUGUAAAGAAAUUCGUGAUCAGGGGGUUUUCCUUCCAUCAAGUUGCUACUUUGUUACCUUACUUCAAAGAGAAAGUUCUUGAAGAAAUUCAUCUAGAAAUGUAUAACACCGAAAUGGAAGAAGAAUCUACUGAAGUUUUGUUCAAUCUGGAUCAGUGGAAAAACGCAAAAAUUCUUGAAAUUAAGUGGAAUGUCAAUUUACCAAUUCCAGUGGAACAUUAUUCACACUUUUCUCGUUUCCACAUUUCCACGACAGAUUUCACUAUCAACGAUGCAAUUAAAAUUAGAGAUGAACUCAUCAAGCGUGACACAUUUAUAUCUGGAUAUGUUAAAGCUCCAAUUCAAAAUCCAAAAGAAAUUGCGCAAAUCUUUAAGCCAAACAAUGAGGAUGGCUUUGGAACAUUCAUGUAUACAAAUGACAGCUCUGAAUUUCUAAUUGACUUUGAUUUUAAUCAUUUUGAAAUUGGAAAAAAAAGAUAAUAAUGCAGAAUUCUAGUGGUUUUUUUGUUAUUUAUUUUAUUUUGAUACAAAUUUACAAAUUAUUUUCA